AUGAGAACCUCCAUUUUCACAGGCCUUGCCCUGCUGGGCUCGAUUUCCGCUGUCAACGCCAUUACGACCAUCUCCACCUACGGCAACAAGUUCUUUUACGAGAACGGUACCCAGUUCUUCAUCAAGGGUGUCGCCUACCAGCUGACUGACGAUGAUCCCCUCGUCGACAAGACUCAGUGCUCUCUGGACGCCUCGCUGAUGCAGGAGCUCGGAGCCAACACAAUCCGUGUCUACCACGUCGACGCCUCUUCUGACCACACUGACUGCAUGACCGUUUUCGCCGACGCCGGCAUCUACCUCCUUGUUGACCUGGACACCUUCGAUACUUACAUACUCCCGAAUAGCCCCUGGUGGAAUCAGACCCAGUAUGAACGAUUCACCGCGGUUAUGGAUGAGUUCCAACAGUACGAUAACACUCUGGGUUUCUUCGUGGGCAACGAGGUCAUUGCCCAGGCCAGCCAGAGCAUGGCGGCGCCUUUCAUCAAGGCCGCUGCCAGGGACCUGAAGGCCUACAGGGACUCCAAGAACUACCGAGACAUCCCUGUCGGCUACAGCGCUGCUGAUAUCGCCCAGCUCCGUCCCAUGCUUCAGGACUACCUCACCUGUGGCGGCAACGUGUCGGAUAAUGUGGAUUUCUUCUCUUUGAACAGUUACGAGUGGUGUGGCAGCGUUACGUAUCAAACCUCUGGGUAUGAGAACCUCGAGUCGGAGGCCGUCGACUUCCCGGUCCCCAUCUUCUUCAGCGAGACCGGUUGCAACACCUCACCCCCUCGCACAUUCGAGGACCAGGCUGCCAUCUUCGGCGAUGACAUGGUCAACGACUGGUCGGGUGCUAUCAUCUACGAGUGGAUCGAGGAGACGAACGACUACGGCCUCAUUUCGUAUGGUGCUCCUGCUGGCACUGCCACAGGCACCGGCAUCGUCGGCGGCUACACGAGAACCGGCACUCCCACCCCAGUCUCGCCCGACUUCACCAACCUCAAGACCCAGUGGGCGACCCUCACACCAACCGGGGUCAUGAAAUCCGAUGUGACAACCAGCACCCUCUCAACGCCCACGUGUCCCGCCAGCACCAGCGGCACCCAGGCCUGGCUCGUGAACGGCAACGUCGCGCUGCCCACCCUCGGAGAGACUUUGUACGACGGGACCUACACCUCGGCAGUGCCCACUGGGACGAAUGCUGGUUCCUCGGGUAGCACCGCAUCCAGCGGCUCCUCUUCCUCUAGCACUGGCAGCUCAAAGAGCCCGGCUAGCCCUAAGAGCAGCAUCACAAAGAUGAGCGCCGGUCUGGUGGCCGUGACGUUGGCAUUUGCAGUCUGGUUGUGA